UAUGGAGCAAAGAAUUGUGGGUAUCCAAAAUGGCGACCUCCUUAGUGUCCUGUAAUACGCCGCUGCCAACUUCUCUUAUUUAAGUGCACUUUCGCCCGUUUUUCCCCACACAGUAAUCCAUCUCGGAGGUGUUUAUCAUGAAGCUGUCUGGUAUCGUGAGGCGGGCGCUCACCUCCGGUGGUCCCCUCGGUGUCUUCGCCAGCAAAAGCGCCGGCGCCAGCUUCAACUUUCCGGCCAGAACAGGAAUGAGGCUGACGAGGUUCAGCCAGGCGGCGCUCGAGGAGCCGGCCCCGCCGGGCGAGCUAGCGUGCUACCGCCUGGUCCACAGGGCGCUUUUGCGGGUCCAGGGAGCCGAAACCGGCUCCUUCCUUCAGGGGCUGGUUACCAACGACGUGCGGGAACUGGAGGAGGACGGUGGCCCCGGGGCCGUGUACGCGCAUUUCCUCAACGUCCAGGGGAGAACGCUUUAUGACGUCAUAUUGUACAGUCAUAAGGAAGCGGCAACAGGAAGUGGGGUCCUCCUGGAGUGCGACAGCGCCGUGACGGACUCGCUCUUGAGACACCUGAAAGUCUACAAGAUCCGCAGGAAGAUCGACGUCAACCCGUGUCCCGAGCUGUCGGCGUGGGCCGUGCUCCCCCUGCAACGGAACCACGGCCGACGUUUCAGCAAACCCGACCUCUCCUUGCCGGAGAAGGCCGCGGCGUGGGAAUCGGACCCGCGGACGCACUGCAUGGGCUGGCGGUUGGUGCUGGGUAGUCAGACGGACCCCUUGGAGGUCAUUGGGUCAUGUCGGAAAGGGGACGCAGAGGAGUACCACCGGCAUCGCUAUUCCAUAGGACUUCCAGAGGGGGUGAAAGACCUCCCUCCAGGAGUGGCGCUGCCGCUGGAGUCCAACCUCGUCUACAUGCAAGGCAUCAGCUUCAGCAAGGGCUGCUACAUCGGCCAGGAGCUGACAGCCAGGACUCAUCACACCGGCGUGAUCCGCAAGCGCCUCAUGCCCGUGCGUUCGUCGGCCCCCGUCCAAGACCUGGAGGAGGGCGCCGCGCUGCAGACGGGGUCGGGCAAGCCGGCCGGGAAGCACCGCGCGGGGCUGGGAAAUCUGGGCCUGGGCCUGAUCCGCCUGGCUCACGCCAACGAGGCGCUCACGGUCAAAUCCGCCGACGACACCCUAAUGACGCUGGAGGCCUCUGUCCCGGACUGGUGGCCCGAAGAGGGACAGCGCGACCCGGGAGCAUCCGUGUGACUUACGCGAACGCCGCUGACACGUUUGAAACGGCCGCGAGCGACGUUACUGUCACAACUUGAACGUGUUUAUUAUUUCAAGGGCAAACAAUGAGAUUGACACGCGCGCUUCACGGCCACAAAAAAAAUCACGUCGAAGAAGGUCUUCUCUU